GCUGGGCAGGACUUGAUAUGCUCCCCGGAUGAUUCCGGGGACUGCUAUCCAAGGUUAUUCCAGGCGACCGAGGACUUUCAAGUUGUACGAGAGGGGCAAGAGAUACCACAGGGACUCCAUGUCAGGCUCGAUGUCAGCACAGGCAGGAAAGAAGCCAAGAUCAACGACCCCAACGAGCAAAAUCCGGCCUUGGAGGGACUACCUGUAGACUCAGCGGUGGUGAUGGUCGAGCAAGAAGGCUUUUCAUCUUCUGUGGAUCAAGGUGCACAGAUUCCCAAGGGGGCGCCUGCCUACGAACCAAUCGGCAAGAUCAAGGCACCCGAGGUUGAAUCGCAGGCAUUUCAUGACUCCUUGACGGUCCUCAAGACACUCUCAUUGGCUGACCGACCAGUCGAUGCAGCCCUGAGUAUACUGAAGGACAUAUCUCACGACAUCUACUAUGGACUGAAGAUCGCUGAGGAUCCGAAGGCCGUUAAGGAACUACUGUGCAUGAUGAGCAGCCAGGAUGUGUUCGCCAGAGAUGUGGACGAGGAGGCUGUUACGCUGGCUGGAGAUGCGGCAUCUAUCAUCGGCUCGGCGUUACAAAACAACCAGAAAGCUCUCGCAGAACUGGAGAGCUCAUGGCCGGAACACAGCCAGGCAAAGUGUCCCGGAACAGAUCGUCCGCUCAGCCAGGCAGUCUUCAACAUGCUGGUUCCACAGGUCCCCGCGAGCGGAGAGGCGACCAGGGCUGAAGGCAACCGACUCAGCCUCACGAAGGCCAAGACAUCCGCGCUGCGAGGCUUGAUCAAGAGCCCGACUAUCCGCGACGAAUUCCUCGCCAAUGGAGGUAUGGAUGGAGUCCUACGAGUCCUACUGCUCGAGAGGCCCGAUCUGGUGCCUGCGCAACAGAAGCUUGCAAAUUUGGUAAUGGACAGUUUCCUGGACGAGGGCAUGGGGGCGACACUUGGUGUGUGGCCCAGGCCCGGUGACAUUGACCACGACUGGGACUUCCAGCUCAAGACCCUCGCAAAGCUCCACAGGACGGAGAAGGCUCAUUGGAGUGCGGAGCUGUGGAAGAGGUUG